AGUUCGGCAUGCGGCAGGAGCGGCGAAUGCCAGGUGCAAAGUCUGGACGCUGGGAGAGAGAGACGCAAAGGAGCAGAUCUCGACUGUCCCAGAAAAUGCAGAGCUGGGACAAAGAGUGCGGACAGGAUAUCUGUGCCCAGGUGGUAGCCUUGGCGGAGGAUUUCCUCCUGAGGCAGCAAGAGCCAGAAAGGGAGGAAGAAAAGGAGCCUCGCCCCUCAGACCAGAAUCUGCUGGAUGCCAUGAGGUUUCAGGAAGCCAAGCCAGAGGAAGACAGGGAGGCUGGCGUGCUUGAAGUGGAUGGGCCAGGAGAGGAAAACAUGAAGGAGCCAUUUGCACUGGAAAGACCUGACCGUAUAGACCCCAGCAGAAUACCUUUGGAAGAGGUCAUAGGGAAAUGUUUCCAUGUUCCCGAAGAAGCAGCACAUGAAAACACCCAUAAAGCUACCUUUGUGACAGAGAAGCCCUUUGGGUGCUUGGAGUGUGGGAAACACUUUGCCACUAGCUCUCACCUGAUCAACCACAAAAGGGUCCAUACGGGAGAAAAACCGUACAAAUGCUUGAGCUGCGGGAAGAGCUUCACCGAGAGAGGAAACCUCCUUAAACACCAGAGGACUCACACGGGAGAGAAGCCAUACGAAUGCUCCGAUUGUGGCAAGGCCUUUGGCAUCAGCUCCCAGCUGAUCAGCCAUAAAAGGGUCCACACGGGAGAGAAACCAUACGAGUGCCUGGACUGCGGGAAAAGCUUCUGCACCAGCUCUCAGCUAGUGCGCCACAACCGAGUGCACACGGGGGAGAAACCAUACGAAUGUGCCGAAUGUGGGAAAACCUUCAGUCAGAGGGCGUACCUUGUUGGCCACGAGAGAACCCACACUGGAGAGAAGCCGUUUAAAUGCUCACAGUGCGGAAAAUGGUUCUCCCAUCGCUCCGACCGCCUGCGGCACGAGAAGAUCCACACGGGCGAGAAACCACACAAGUGUUCAGACUGUGGGAAAGGUUUCAAUCAGAGAGGCUCCCUCAUCACGCACCAGAGGACCCACACGGGAGAGAAGCCCUACGAGUGCUCCGAGUGUGGGAAAAGCUUCAAUGACAGGGGCUACCUCGUCACGCACAGGAGAACCCACACGGGCGAAAAGCCCUAUGAGUGCACAGAUUGCGGGAAAAGCUUCAGUAGAACUUCCCAUCUGACGGCGCAUAAAAAAACCCAUGUAGGGGAAAGAUCAUAAUGUGGAACGUUCAUGAAACCUCAAAACGAUUUAUGUGGAAGUGAAGAAUAUAAGGGAUGCUCAGAGCAAAUGGAAGACUGGACUUCAGACAAGGGCUGGAGUUUUGCCUGGAGCCAAAAAUGAAUAAGCAUCAGACAAUCACAAAGGAGACAAACCUGGGAAAUUGCACUCACGGCUGAACAAUGCACCCUGUAGGUGGGGUAUUAGAAUAUGUGAACAGGGCGCAUGACCAUUGGUGGUAACUUUCGGUACACUGGUCAUUAAAAAAUCCUGAUGGGUCAGACUGAAGAUAACAGUUUCCAGUGGAGGAUGUGCACUUAGUUCCAUGAGGAGCAAAGCAUGAAGGCAAUAGGCCAGCUUUCCCUCCCCAGACACUGGUAUUGAGAUACACUGCCUCUGAACAUGGAGGUUCAGUCUGAUCAGAUCUCUCUCCUAUGAAUGUUUCUAAGCCCAUUUUUUGAAGUCAUCUAAGCCUGUAUCCGCCAUUACACAAUGUGGCAGUUGAUUCCAUAAAUUAUGUGCUGUGUGAAGAAACAUGCUUUUGUUUGUCCUGAAUUUACUGUUAAUUUCAUUGU